AUGGUCUCCCAUUCAGAGUUAAAGAAUCUUUUCUGUUCAGCUGAUGCAGUGUGCUUUGAUGUUGAUAGCACCGUCAUCCAAGAAGAAGGAAUUGAUGAGCUGGCCAAAUUCUGUGGAGUUGAGGAUGCCGUGUCAGAAAUGACACGGCGAGCCAUGGGCGGGGCAGUGCCUUUCAAGGCUGCCCUCACAGAGCGCUUAUCUCUGAUCCAGCCCUCCAGGGAACAGGUGCAGAGGCUCCUAGCAGAGCACCCCCCGCACCUGACCCCCGGCAUAAGGGAGCUAGUAAGUCGCCUACAAGAACGAAAUGUUCAGGUUUUCCUGAUAUCUGGUGGCUUUAGGAGCAUUGUGGAACAUGUUGCUUCAAAGCUCAACAUUCCAUCAACCAAUGUAUUUGCCAAUAGGCUAAAGUUCUACUUUAAUGGUGAAUAUGCAGGUUUUGAUGAGACGCAACCAACAGCUGAAUCUGGUGGGAAAGGAAAAGUUAUUAAAUUUUUAAAGGAAAAAUUUCAUUUCAAGAAGAUCAUCAUGGUUGGAGAUGGAGCCACAGACAUGGAAGCCUGUCCUCCUGCUGAUGCUUUCAUUGGAUUUGGAGGAAAUGUGAUCAGGCAGCAAGUAAAGGAUAACGCGGAAUGGUACAUCACUGAUUUUAUAGAGCUUCUGGGAGCACUGGAAGAAUAA